UGCGCGCAGUUACUCUGUGGCAGAUUUGCAAAAUGAAACUACUACUCCUGACUCUGUUUGUGGCGUACGCUGCCGCCGAUGUCUCGCACAUCCUCAACCAGGGUGGUGAGAAGGACGCCAAGAUCCUGAGACAGGAGCUGGACGUCGGACUGGAGGGCAACUACCAAUACGCGUACGAAACUGAGAAUGGAAUCUCUGCACAGGAGCAGGGAUCGUUGAAAAAUGCCCAGUCGGAGAACGCCGCCCAAUCUGUGCAGGGUGAGGCGCAGUGGACCGCCCCCGGGGGUGAGGUCAUCCAACUGCAGUACAUUGCUGACGAGAACGGGUACCAGCCCCAAGGUUCCCAUCUUCCAACCCCUCCACCAAUACCGGAGGCGAUCCUGAAAGCGCUGGAGUACAUCCGCGCCCACCCCCCACCCCCUGAACAAUAAACGCGUAUCUCCCUUAAUCAUAACUAGUAUAUCACCCCGGUCUCG